AUGAGUAAGAGUGCUCAUGAGGCAUAUGAGCUAUUAGAGGAGAUGGUGAUGAAUAAUUACCAAUGGCCAACUGAAAGGGGACAACCAAAGAAGGUGGCUGGAAUGAUGGAAUUGGAUGCUAUAUCCAUGCUUACAGCUCAAGUAACGGCCUUGACAAAGCAACUACAAAAGACUACACUCCCAUCUCAAGCUAUGCAAGUUCAAAACCUUUGUGAAGUGUGUGGUACAAACCAUCAACCAAACCAAUGCCUUGCUAUAGAUAUGAAUAACAUGCCCAUGGAAGAAGUACAAGCUAUAGGGAAUUAUCCGAGACAACCCAAUAAUCCAAAUUCCAUGACCUAUACCCCAGCUUGGAAGAAUCAUCCUAAUUUUUCUUGGUCUAACAAUCAAAAUACUUUACAACCUUAUCCUCCACCUCAGCCACAAUAUCAACCUACCCAAAAUAGGCCACCAUAUCCACAGCAAUAUGCACACCAAAACACUCCACCUGGCCAUUAUCAACCACAAAAUAGACCACAACAAAUUCCAAUGAAACCAGUUGAAACCCAAUCUGAUGUACUUAACCAAUUCAUGACUGAAACCAGGGCAUCCAUAAGAAGGCCAAAGAAGAAUCAGUCAGAAGAAGAAGAAGGUCAGAAGGGAAAUACACAACGUAAAGAAGAAAAUAAGUUUAAUGAUGAAAAGGUUACUGAAGACCUUAAGAAAGAAGAGGAGACUUCACCUGUGAGUAUUGAGCACCAUGUUAGAAUUCCAUAUCCACAAAGACUUCGUAAGAAAAAUUUAGAUAAACAGUUUGCAAAGUUUUUAGAGGUGUUCAAGAAGCUACAUAUAAAUAUACCGUUCGCAGAAGCAUUAGAGCAGAUGCCUAGCUAUGUAAAGUUUAUGAAGGAUAUUCUCUCUAAUAAGAGAAAGAUGGGUGACUAUGAAACAGUGGCGUUAACGGAAGAAUGUAGUGCGAUUUUGCAAAGGAAACUUCCUCAAAAGUUAGGAGAUCCUGGGAGUUUUACUAUUCCAUCCUGGGAGUCAUCAGGUAUUCUACAUAACCCGGCCUAUCACUUGCUCACAUUCUUUUGUCACCAUUGGCCUACUUACUAUCGGCAUGCUUUCUCUUCUGCCUAUUAUUGUUGCUAUGCUGAGGAUGCGGUUGCGAUUGAGGCCGUGUCUGAGGCUGCAGUUGAGUCUGUUGUCGUUGUUGUAGUAGCAGCUCUUCCACUUGUUGUCAUAGCCAGAAAAUUUCUGCGGUGA